AUGAAUGAAGACGAAGAAAGAGACUUGAGAAGAGCACUGGAGAUCUCACAAUGGGAAGAUCAGAGGCGGAGACAUGAGGAGGAACAAAGGAAGGAGGACGAACUGCAACGUCAGGCGAACCUUAUCCGAGACGAGGAGGAAAGGCGACGACUAGGCGAAGGGAGGCUUAGCGUGAUGAGAGGCUGUCACCAUGAGGAGGAUGGAGGAAACUUGAACCAAGAAGUCCUAAACGAGUUGAGAGACAUGAGGGCUUUAAUUAAUAACUCACGAAGAGGUGGAAGAGUACAGUUAGCAGAAACAAUAGAGGAAGCAGAUAAAUCGCCAUUCACCUAUGAGAUCAUGCAUACAGACAUUCCAGAGAAAUGCGUAUUACCAACGCUUGCAAGCGUAUUCAGUGGAUCGGAAAGGGAUAUUCUUGACGACGUAUAUAAGCAACAACUUGUUGAGACCAGGGAUAGAGACAUUGUUCAACUUGAGGAGAAGGCCAACAGAAUGCUUGCGGGGGUUGGUCACGAGAUGGAGAACAGUGUGCAGCGAAUAUUCAUUAUUCGAAACUCGAUAACUAUGAAUGAUCUGAGGGAGUACCAGGAGGAAUACAUAGCGUUGGAGGAAAAGCAGAGGCAGGUCAGCGAAAUGACGUUGGCCCCAGCGAAAGAAGGGAAUUCUAGGCUAUUACCAAGGAAGGUGCACGCAGUAGAGGAUGAACUCGGGCGAGGAAAGGGAGAGCCAGCAGUUCCCGUCCCAACGAAGCUUGUGGCCGUCUCGAGUGGAGAUCAGGAGUGGAUUGAUCAACAAAGGACCAUGGGAUACAAGGACUCGGAUCUUGUACCUUCUACAUAUAACAUAUAUGGGUUCAAUGGGGUAGCGUCUAAGCCGAAGGGGGAACUGACCGUGAAGAUUCUCGCUGGCGAACUAGAAACUAAGGCGAUCUGGUUCCCGAUGCCAAGCGGAAUCGGCGAGAUAAGAGGAGAUCUGAGAGACGCAAAAGAAUGUAUAACAAAAGACGUGCAUAACUACGAGGAGAAGUUAAGAAAGAAUAUGGAACAAAGGAAGAAAGUAAGCGAAGAAAGAAGAGCCGAACAGUUGAUGGUAUUUACGAUAGAGUCUAGCAAAGAACUGAGCGGAACGCAGGAGGAUGGGGAGGAAACCAAUGAAGCAAAAAUUCAUAUCGAGGAAGAUAAUAACGCAAUUCCAGAGGAAGGAGGCCAGGUCAAUCAAGAAAAAGGUGGAAAGGCCAAGAAGGGGAAGGUUGCUGAAGGAAAUGAAAUGACAAAGAAUAAAAAGGAAACUCCCACGACAAAGGAGAAUAAAAUUCCACGAGAAGCAGGGAGGAUGAACCGGUCAAGAGGCAAAAAGGCACAGGGACAAGAGGCCGAGGAAAGCGUUGAAAUACCAAAUUCACAAAAUAAAUUGAAAGAAAGUCGCGAAGACGAGGAGGUGGCCCGGUUAAAGGAAGAACUUUACCAAAAGAGGCGAAGGAAAGAGGAUCUGGUCAGGGAACGGAUAAGGUUAGAAAGGGAAAAUGAGAAGUUGAUCAUCAGAAAUAAUCAUUUGAAAAGGAAGCAGGCAGAUAGUAAUAUGCAGGAGGAGAGAUGUGCUAUGGGAGAAGAACGAACUAAAGAAAUACAUUACACGCGAAAACGAGAAGGCCUGGGACGAGGUGAGAAAAAGGAGCGAGAAGACUUGAAGAAGCCCAUAGAAAGCAGCAGAAUAGAAUUCAGGGAAAGGGAGUAUUGA